AUGCCACACAAACCUCAACCAGGUGGUGCUGGAGAGCCAUCAAGCAGAAGCACAUCUGGCACAAGUGCUGGCAAUGGUCCUACUAGGCAGAUACAAGAAGGAAAAGAAGUCAAGGGCAAUUAGUGAAUGAACAGUCAGAUACUCACUGCGGCUUCUCAAGAACCAAAUCUCAUCCGAGAGGUCUCUCAUCUCUGUAGCUUCAUCUUCUCUGUCAGCGUGACUUGUGUGGGAUUGGAUGAGAUCCUAAUGGCCCCGAUAGACCAUGUGGUGCUUUGCAACCCUGACCUCUUGCAGGACAGUCUCAAGCUUGGCAAUCUUGUUGUCUCUUAG